GUUUACACUGACUGUACCAGGCAACCCUCCCGGACAAUACUUUAAUCGGCCGGCUAACGAUAAGCGCGGUAAUCGUUAUACGGGCGCACCGAUAUGUGCGCGGUUAGGCCGUCUUUUCUUCUGAAGUGUUAGUAGUGUCCCUAAAGGAACUCCAAAAAGCAGAAUGCAACAUUUAAUAUAUAGUGGUUAACAGAUGAUGUGCCUCCACGGUGGACUCCUCUGAUUUAUAUGAUAAUGCAGUCAAUGGAGGUGGAUCUUCAUCCUGGCUCGACCAUCCGUAAUCCCUCUUUCCGACCCAAUUCCGUGAGCAGCGCAAAUGUUGGCACCCUGAGCCUACAUAUUUCAUCGGUUAAUUCCUCUGCGAGCAAUGGGGCCAGAGUAGGAAAUGACGAGUCUGCACCUCCGUUCUCCGAAUUAAUCGCAGUCGUCUCCGAUAACGGUUUAAACACUUGUGACUCGUCUCGACUACCAGCCGAAGGCAACGCUACUGUGCAGCCUGGCUCAUGCUCAAGCGCGAGUGCAUAUCAAUCUGCUUAUGGCAGCGGUACCCACGAUGGUUCUGUUUCUCUCUGUACCUCUUUCGGCACAGGUGAGCCAGCACCUGUGUCGAGUGCAACCAAUGGACCUCUCGUAACAGCUUCAACAGCGAUGGGGAAGUUUGUCACUAGCCAUGCUCCAAGCAGUCGACUCAUUUACGCAUCAGAACGACAUCCACAGCAAUCUUUGGAGUCUAUGAAUUGCUUGCGCAAAAACCGGGAGUUAUGCGAUGUGGUACUUCUCGUGGAUGGCCGGGAGAUAUUCACACAUCGAGUUGUACUGGCUGCAUGUUCCGCAUACUUUCGCGCCAUGUUUACAGGGGAACUGGCCGAAUCGCGUCAAACUGAGAUAACUCUUUACGAUCUGGAUGGCAGCGCAGUGGAAACUCUGAUCGAGUUCUGUUAUACUAGCCAGAUUACCGUCGAAGAAUCCAAUGUCCAGACCCUCUUACCUGCUGCAUGUUUGCUACAAAUUACAGAAGUGCAAGAUGUGUGCUGUGAAUUUCUGAAGCGACAGCUAGAUCCUUCCAACUGUCUUGGGAUACGUGCGUUCGCGGACACCCAUGCCUGCCGUGGACUUCUUCGAGCAGCCGAUCGGUUUACGCACUUGAACUUCCUAGAUGUUGUGGAGUCGGAAGAAUUCUUGCUGCUUCCAAUGAAGCAGUUGGUGGAGAUUCUCAGUUCGGAUGAACUGAAUGUCCGCUCAGAGGAGCAAGUUUAUCGGGCUGUCAUGCGAUGGAUACACCACAACCUAUCCGACCGGCGGCAUCAUCUGGCCUAUCUCAUGCAGCAUGUCCGGUUACCCCUGCUGUCGCCAAAGUUUCUAGUAGGUACCGUAGGAGCCGAUAUGCUCGUCCGAUCUGACGAGCGCUGUCGUGAUCUGGUGGAUGAGGCUAAAAAUUAUCUACUCUUGCCCCAAGAGCGUCCACUCAUGCAGGGCCCGCGAACAAAACCCCGUAAACCGUCACAAGCCGGCGAGCUAUUGUUCGCAGUCGGCGGCUGGUGCUCCGGUGACGCAAUCGCCUCUGCUGAACACUAUGAUCCUCGGACACACGAAUGGCAUUUGGUUGCGCCGAUGCACAAACGACGGUGUGGCGUCGGCGUGGGAGUUGUGGACGAUCUCCUGUUUGCCGUUGGCGGACAUGAUGGACAGAGUUAUUUGAAUUCCGUGGAACGCUAUGAUCCUCAUACGAAUCAGUGGUCAUCCGAUAUCGCCCCGACCAGUACUUGUCGAACCAGCGUCGGGGUUGCUGUUCUGAACGGAUUUAUGUAUGCGGUUGGUGGUCAGGAUGGAGUGAGCUGUCUCAGUCUGGUGGAGCGUUACGAUCCUGUGGUGAACAAGUGGAUCAAGGUGUCCAACAUGGCUUCUCGACGCUUGGGCGUCGGUGUAGCUGUCCUCAAUGGCCAGCUGUACGCUGUCGGUGGUUCAGAUGGUCAGCAGCCAUUGUCUUCGGUAGAGCACUAUGACCCUCGUGUUGGUACAUGGCACCGCAUGUCCUGCAUGGGCACUCGAAGGAAACAUCUUGGUGUGUCUGUGUACAAUGGACUUAUCUACGCUGUUGGUGGAAGGGACGAAGUAACCGAACUCUCCUCCGCUGAAUGCUUCGAUCCACGCACCAGAACUUGGUCUCCAGUUGUUGCUAUGACAUCUAGACGUAGUGGGGUCGGUCUGGCAGUUGUAAACAGCCACCUCAUCGCUAUCGGGGGGUUCGACGGUGCAACCUACCUCAAAACUGUUGAGUUGUACGAUCCUGACUCCAAUUGUUGGCGUAUACGUGGCAGUAUGAAUUCCCGUCGUCUUGGUGGAGGCGUCGGUGUUGUUCGACUAGCUGGGUCUGCUUGGACAGCUAACAUGAUGAGCACCAGAGGAUCAACUGAUGAAACGGAAGGAUCGAUGAAAGUGUCCGGUCUCUCAGUGCCAAUUCCACCAGGUCUCUCUGCUUCGGUUUUCAAUCAAUUCAGUGGAUCCUCUUCUUCUGCAUUACCAAUGUCUUCUAGUAUGACCAACUCAGCAAUUGUGACCUCGUCCAACUCUGUAGGACUCUCGAAUUCAAAUGGAGGGACCAUGUUAUCAUCGAGUAGAACAUCCUAUAACAACGCUUUCUUAUUCUAAAUCUGUGGCACAUACCAUACUAACCAUAGAGAUGGUGUGAUUGGUUCACAUCUUGUUUCGUUACAAUCUUUUCUCUCUGUCACCUCCGUGUACAUAUCGCUGUUUCUUUCCUCCACUUUUUGUAUGUAUUCUGACGGUGCCACGCGUUGUAUCUGCCCCCACACUCGCACUAGUGAUUUUUAGCCUUGUUACGGGUAUUUAUUUUUUGCUUGUUUUGUGUUUCAUUUCUUUUCGAAAGACGCACGUAGUAUUGUCUUUCUGAAUUUUCCCGGGAGACCUUUUCCUCCAUGGUGUUGAACUCUGCACCGAAUUUCUGUCUGUUAUAUACGCACGUCCUUGUUCCUUUAUUUAUGUGUACACACAAUGUGAAUAUGCCAUUAGCACGUUGUAUUGCUUGCGCUGUGUCGUAACUGGGUUUGUGGUAUCAUUCACUGCUUGGCUGUUUCGUUCGUUUGCCUUUCUGUACACUUAUCUUAAAACUCACAGCUUCUCCACGCCGGGUCAAAACUGCCUUCGUCUAAGCCCUGGCAGGGUUCGCAACUCAUCUAUUUUAAACUUGGAGCGUCGUGUGUUGAACGCUUUGAAAGCAUUUCAGCCAACCCGCCAUCACAGCUGUUAAUUGGGUCAUUUAGCCCAUCUUUGGACAUUAUCGUCAUAACUUUCACCAUCGAUGUGAUCCAAUCAUUUAAUUCGGCCCUGCUAAAAGGGAACAUUGUCCUUAUCUUAACGAAUUCCACCGGCCUAUCUGACUGGCUGUUGUAACCUGUCAUUCCCAUUUCCACGAAGAGCUGAAAUACCUGUGUAAAUCACCGAGACAACAGUCUUGAUACUUC